CGUCGGGCCGGAAGCAAAGCUGGGCCACGUCUGCGAGGUCUGAGUGAGUUGGUUUGGUGCGCACUGCGCGGCCGCGUCCCGCUUGUGGAGAGAACGUUCUUGCUCCAGAUCUAGGCAUGGAUCUGGAGGCUGUGUGUAAGCGCUCGGCACUCCAUGCCAAGCCCCGGGGGCUCAUUCUUCAGUAUGGGACUGCUGGAUUUCGGACAAAUGCCCAGCAUCUUGAUCAUAUCAUGUUUCGAAUGGGAUUGCUAGCUGUCCUGAGGUCAAAACAAACAAGAUCUACCAUUGGAGUCAUGGUUACGGCCUCACACAACCCUGAGGAAGACAAUGGUGUGAAAUUGGUUGAUCCUUUGGGGGAAAUGUUGGCCCCUUCCUGGGAGGAGCAUGCCACCCGUCUGGCCAGUGCGGAGGAGCAGGACNUGGGGCAAGUGCUCGCUGCCAUCGUGGAGAAAGAAGCUGUGGAUCUGACACAGACCGCCUUCAUAGUCAUUGCUAGAGACACCAGGCCCAGCAGUGAGAAACUUUCACAGUCUGUGAUAGAUGGCGUGACUGUUUUAGGAGGUCAAUUCCAUGAUUACGGCCUGUUGACCACACCUCAGCUGCACUACAUGGUGUAUUGCCGGAAUUCGGGAGGCCGGUAUGGACAGGCCACCGUAGAAGGCUACUGCCAGAAGCUCUCCAAGGCUUUCNUAGACCUUACGAACCAGGUUUCCUGCAGUGGAGAUGUAAAGAGGUCGGUUAAGGUUGACUGUGCCAACGGCAUAGGGGCCUUGAAGCUAAGAGAAAUGGAACACUNCUUCUCCCGGGGCCUGUCGGUUCAGCUGUUUAAUGAUGGGACCGAAGGGCAGCUCAAUCACCUGUGCGGUGCUGACUUUGUGAAAAGUCAACAGAAACCCCCACAGGGUAUGGAAAUGAAGUCCGGUGAGAGAUGCUGCUCCUUCGAUGGCGAUGCGGACAGGAUCGUGUAUUACUACAGUGAUGCAGCUGGUCAGUUUCAUCUCAUAGAUGGAGACAAGAUAGCGACNUUGAUUAGCAGUUUCCUUAAAGAGCUACUGUUGGAGAUUGGAGAAAGUCUGAACCUCGGAGUCAUACAGACAGCAUAUGCAAAUGGAAGUUCCACUCGGUACCUUGAAGAAGUUAUGAAGGUACCUGUGUAUUGCACCAAAACUCAUGUGCUUCCACUGCAGGCGCUGUUCAGUGAAGCAGUUGAAGUGAAGAUUAAAAGACUAGCCCAAGAACUAGACGAUGGAAAAGGAAAAGCAGCCAGGAUGCUUGCGAGCAUNAUCGACUUAUUCAACCAGGCAGCUGGAGAUGCAAUUUCUGACAUGUUGGUGAUUGAGGCUAUCCUGGCUCUGAAGGGGCUGACUGUACAGCAGUGGGAUGCUAUUUAUGUCGAUCUUCCUAACAGACAACUCAAAGUUAAGGUCGCGGACAGGAGAGUUAUUAGCACCACGGAUGCUGAGAGACAAGCAGUCACUCCACCAGGACUCCAAGAGGCAAUCAAUGACCUGGUGAAGAAAUACAAACUUGCCCGAGCUUUUGUACGGCCCUCUGGUACUGAAGACAUUGUCCGAGUAUAUGCAGAAGCCAGCUCACAAGAAAGUGCAGACAGGCUUGCCUAUGAAGUGAGCUUGGUGGUGUUCCAGCUGGCUGGAGGCAUUGGAGAAAGACCACAACCAACUUUAUGAAGAUAAAUUUUAUAUUCUGGGGAAGUGGACUUCUAAAAUGUUUCUAUAAUACUUUAUAAUGCUGGCAGUACUAAGGCAUUUGUAAUCAUGACAUUAACAUGUCAUGCAUGUUAAUGGAUUAUUUCUAGAUAGGUUUUUAAAUGCUACCAGGAAAAAAAUGUUUAGAAGCUCAAAAUCUUAGACUUGGGAAUGAAGCUUACCUCUGAUUUUAAUCUGUAUUUUUAAUAGUUCAAGUGUCAUUAAUUUUACAGGGUAUGAAGUGAAUUCAUGAAGGGUACUGGGAAAUUAAACUUUACUACCAACUAACUCUUUGCAGCACCUUUCGAUUGCUUACCUAACCAAGAUGUUUUGUAGCACUGACCUACCUGGUUCAAAUGGGGAGAUUUCAUAUGAACCAAUUUCCCAUGCGGAUCUCAAUGUGAGGAAGAAGUGACUGUUUGCUUAGCAGCAUCAGAACUGGCAGGUGGCCCNUCUUUCAUUGUACUGACAGAGCUCUGUGCUGUGCCCACUAGAGUGUGUGGUCCAGGCUUCAGCUACUCUUUAGUGCUCAGCGAAGGGACACAGCUCCAUCUUAUANAUGAAGCCUCUGACAACCAAGUGACCAUUCUGAUACGAGGACAUUUUUAACCACAGAAAGAAGAAAAACAACACAAUUAAAUGAGGCUUGAGACCAAGCAGGAAAAAAGAAAACGU